CGUGCUAUUGCUUCUUCUUCGCCUCUGGAACGCGAAGGCAGAAGAAGGCAGGCCUGCGAAAAUAGCCGUCGAAUAGAGAAUCAAUCUGUGGAAAAUACACAAAGAAACAAGAAAUCAGCGAUGGGAGAGAGCAACAGCAGCGUUGAUGAGGAUUUGCUUCUCAAAGAAUUCUUCGCUGAAGUCAGCGAAGUCGAAAGAGACAACGAAGUCGUCAGGAUCCUUUCAUGCUUCAAGUUAAAUCCGUUUGAGUUUUUGAAGCUGCCAUUUGAUUCAUCACUAGAUGAUGUCAAAAAACAGUAUCGUAAGUUAUCAUUAAUGGUCCACCCUGAUAAAUGCAAGCAUCCACAAGCAAAAGAGGCUUUUGGAGCACUAGCAAAAGCCCAACAACAAUUGCUUGAUCAACAAGAAAGGGAUUAUAUUCUUAGCCAAGUUACUGCUGCAAAAGAAGAACUUAGAGCUAAGAGGAAGAAGCAGUUAAAGAAAGACACAGCUUCCAAACUAAAGUCAUUAGUUGACGAGGGAAAAUCUGAACUAGAAUAUGAACAAUCAGGGGAGUUCCAGCAGGAGUUGAAAUUGAAGGUUAAAGAGUUAUUGACCGAGCAGGAAUGGCGGCGGAGAAAAAUGGCAAUGAGGAUAUCUGAAGAAGAAGGUCGACUAAAGAAGGAUGAAGAAGAGCAAAAGGAGAUGUGGAAACGGAAGCGUGAACAUGAGGAGCAGUGGGAAGGAACAAGGGAACAGCGAGUUUCAAGUUGGAGGGAUUUUAUGAAGUCAGGGAAAAAGUCGAAGAAAGGAGAACUUCGUCCCCCGAAACUGAAGACAGAGGAUCCCAACAAAUCGUAUGUUCAGAGGCCCGUAAAGCGGGGUUAAUUGCUGCCUACUGCUACUUAACUUCCCUUUCUCUCUAUUAUUAGUUUACAAUGUAGCUUUCAACCAACCUACUCAGUGUUAUUCCAAUAUUUGAUAUGUAUUCGUAUCACCCUCUUUCAAUGAACCCCUCUGAAUUUACCUGUUUCGUGUUUUGUAGUAUCUUUUCAAGUAUAUGCAAUAUAUAGUUCAUUUUCAGGUUUCAUAACA